CGUCACGUCACAGUUUCUUUAUCAUUUCGGUGGCAAACUUAACGUAGUAUGGCCGUCGUCUGGAAGUAUUCACAGUUUUACUUCCACAAAGAAUACGCGAUAAACAUUGCACAGAGCGAAUUGAGAAAGACUUUUUUAAAUAAAUUCUUUACGCGUGUGAGAUAAACAGUAAAAGAAGUGUUUAUUUAGUUGAUACUAGAUUACGUUCGACCUAUUUUUCGUUUUCGGUUUUCACCAAGAUUUUAAAUAUCAAAAUGUGGUUAGUUAGCCAACCAAAUUCUGUGAUUCUGGAAGUUAAGGUGGAUAACAAUGCCAUCGGACAGCAGCUGUUGGAAAGGGUAUGCGAGAAGCUAGAAAUCGGCGCAGAAGCUGAUUACUUCGGUCUUCGCGUUUGCUCAGGCUCUGGACCGGGACGAUGGCUGAACCUGCGCAACCCCCUGGACCCGCACCGCAUCCCCGGGGGGCGCCUCGACUUGCGCGUCAAGUUCUGGGUCCCGCCCCACCUGCUGAUCAACGAACAGACCCGCCACAUCUUCUACCUGCACGCGAAAUUGGACCUUAUCGAAGGAAGAUUGGUCGUCGCAGACCAAGAAGUGGCAAGGCGUCUGAUCGCGUACAUAGCUCAAGCGGAAACGGGAGACUGCGAUCCGGACGCGCCCACACAUGUGUACGAAGAAUGCAAUAGAAUCGGCCCGCAAGGCGAGAAAUCAGAAGACCACGUGGAUAAAAUUAUCGAGUACCACUGCGAGAUAGCCGGCAUGCGGGCGUCUCAAGCGGAGUAUCGGCUGUUGAAGGAAAUAUCGAAGCUGGAAUCCUUCGGGGAGGAGCUAUUCUUCUGCAAGCCAGUGACGGCGAGCAACAACGCGCACAAUCUAUACAGUCACCUGUUAUACCACACGCAGCAAGAAGAGCCUCGUGCGCGUGAUGAGCAGGAGAUUGAUGGAGGAGCGACAGUGGGCUGCCUGACCUCGGGGCAGAGCGCUACGGGUUGCGGCUGCCGGCUGAGCACGUGCGUGGGCGUCGGCCCCCACGGCAUUGUGGUGUACCGCCCGGCGUGCAAUGGAGAGCAGGACAUCGGAGUUGAAAAGCAGAGUAUUCCCUACACGGCGAUCCACCGCGCGCAGCCACUACGGCGCAUCUUCCAGCUCACGCACGUGGCGGGCGCGCACGAGGCCACGCUGCACGUCAAGAUGGCGACGUCGGGCCAAGCGGCGGCAUUGUACCGCGCGGUCACAGAGAAGCACGCCUUCUACUGCUGUGAGACAGUGCGCAGUGACGUCACGGAACAGUUCAUACGGGACUUGAAGGGCACAAUAGCGUCCAUCUUCAACGACUCGACGACACUGGGCCGUCGCUACGUGUUCGACAUCAGACGCACGUGCCGCGAGGUGCACGACCGCGCGAGGCGCGAGGCGCACGCGAGGCAGGUGCACGAGCCGAGGCCGAGGCAGGCUGUUAAGAGCGAGUCUGCCCGCGCCCGCUCCCGCUCCCGCUCGCUGAGCGGCGGGCUGGCGUGCCGCGCGUGCAUGGACGCGCCCAUCGACACGCUGUUCCUGCCCUGCCGGCACGUCGCCUGCUGCGGCACGUGCGCUGCCAGAUGCGAGCGUUGCCCCUUAUGUCGCGGCGAGAUAGAGAAGCUGAUGCACAUAUUCCUCCCGGUGGAGUACCAGAAGAGCACCGGAGUGAUCAUAAAAUGAAGCGACGACACGACGGCGAUCCCUGAACGAACCAACCUCGUGUGACGUGUGUUCCCGCCAUCUUGUGCGCAGAGUGACAGCUGUCAGUGCAGCCACAGAGUAUAAACUGUUGUGACGUGUGACCGUCUAGUCAUAGUGACUAUUUUUGCAUUUUUUUUUUACGGAAUGGGCGAUGUCAUUCCAGUCUAUUUAACAAUAUUGAUUAGUGUAAAAAAUGACAAUAAAUUGCUAUGAAACUGCCAAUCGGGUUGUCCCAUUUAUGGCUCAUGUCGGUACUUAUUAUUUUUAUAUAACCAUUAUAAUAUUAUAAUGAUAGAAGUACCCAGUUAAGGCUUCCUUCGUUUUAGAAGGUUUUUUGUUUUAAAAAAUAACUUUGUGAUAAAAUAAAUAAUACUUUAAACUAACCAAAAAUGUUCUUAAAUUUAUGCAUUUCUCUUUAUUGGUUACGUUAAUUUACGGUAAAACUAAUGAUAGAAGAUUAUCAAUAAGUUAUAAUAAGUGUAAGACCUGUGGUCUAUAAGAUAUAUUUUGUGAAAAUCGUAAAAACAUGAAAAUAUAGCUAUAAUAUUAUA